CUAAUGGUUCCUUUACCUUACAAUAUUCCUUCAAAAAUAUCCAUUCAUUCAGUUGUAAUAUUUUUAACUUCAAAUUAUCAAAUGCUCUAGUCAGCUGUUGCUUAUAUUUUAAAAUGUUUAAGCUUGAGUCAUAUAAUGAGUUCCAACGAGUUACUACAGAAAUAGGAAAUUCACAACCACAACUUUCGAGAAUUUUAUCUGAAGCUACUGUGCUUCUACUAACGAGGGUCCAAAAAUAUUAGAAUAAAACAUUGGAAGUUGAUGACGAAGUUUACUUGGCUGGAAGAUUCAAUCUAAGAAAUAUCUAGAAAAGUUUUUGUAAUAGAUAACCCGAGAGGUGUUGCUAACCGUAUUAUCAACAAGCAUUAUAUCAUUUAUUAUUCUAUAUAAGUUUAAAGUCCAAAUUACAAUAAUUAUACGUUGUCUAUAGUAUAUACAGUAACAUCUCAUAUUAUUGGUAUAUCCUUACCACUCAAAUCAUCCAGAUAGGAUUAAUACGGGGGUCUGAGGAACAGGGCAAUAGCAAGAAGAAUGGAAGAAAACGAUAAUCCGGGACCAUCGAAGACGAUGAAAGUAAAGAAGCCAGUAUCAAGGAAAAAGACAAGGGAACCAGUACCUCGUCUUCCUUCGUCUUCAUCAUCAUCGUCGACAGUUCAGGAGAUAUUAUAUUAUACAAUGGGCAAGACAGUAAAUAAAGAAGAAAUAGAACGAGACAUAAUUAAAGCCCUACAAAACUUAAGGGCAGAUAUGAUGCUUGGCGAAAUAAAUUUCGAAACGGUGGCAAUAUUAUCAGUCGUUAUAGAGCAUUUGCUAAUAGAGGAAGAGAAGCGAAAUGAAAAUUAUGGCAAUAUAAUCAACAGUAAAGAGAAUCAAACAGAACAAACUCUGAGACUGGAACAGAAACAGAACAGAAAACAAACUAAUAUGGAGAAAUGCGUGGAGAAACGUAUGGAGAAUCUCUUCGCUACCAUAAGAGAAGAAGUGAGAGGUUUGAAGAAGACCAUUGAAAAACAGACAGGUACAAAUAGACCCAUAAGAUCACGCCUUGGUCCUAUACAGAGACCGAGGACCAGAGAACAAAGGCCAGAUACCCCGAGGAACGAGGGGCAAUUUACAGUUGUAGUCAAUAAAAAGAAAAAAAGAUCAAACGCUAAGAAACAAAUCGAAAAAGGAAGAAGUAGUGUGUGUUGAACAAGAUUCACUAGAUUGGUGGAACAUAAACAAGACAACUUACCCUAUUAUGUUCGUUUCAGCAAAAAAAGUUAUGACCAUUCAAGCUACAAGCUUAGCGUCUGAACGUAUUUUUAGUAAAGGGGGAUGUAUAUUAACUGAUCAUAGAUCAUCGUUAACUAACGAACAUGCCAGUCAGCUUAUUUUAUAACUAUGAAUAAGGACUAUAUAGCUAACCAGUGUUUUAAAUAUUAUUUUAUUUUAAUUUAACUUCAAGAUUAAGACUGACCCUUAAGGUAAAAGGCAGUUCAUAUUUAUUGUAUUAGUUUAUUUUAUGUUUUUAUGAAUAAAUCGU